AUGGGUAAUAAUGAAGUGACAAUUAUCUGCUAUGCGGACGAUGCAAUGAUAUGCGCACAGAACGAAGACGAUCUGCAGAGACUUUUAGACAUCUUCGACCGCACAGCCAAGCAAUUUAACAUGACUAUCUCAGCCCAAAAAACGAAAUGUAUGACCACAUCAAAAGAGCCGCUCAGAUGUAAACUGGAAGUGGACGGGCAAGUAAUUCAACAAGAGAUGGAGUUUAAAUAUCUGGGUAUUGACAUUACCAGUUAUGGAAAUAUGGAGGACGAAGUGAGGCAACAGGUAGCAAAAGCCAAUAAAGUGGCAAACGAUGCUGAUCAUGACCUACACGGCAGAAACAAGAUCGGAUACCGCAAAACUAGACGACUUCUGGAGACUACGGAAAUGAAGAUUCUCCGCCGCAUCUCAGGAAAAACACUGCUAGACAGAGAAAGAAACGAAAACAUCAGGCAAUCGUGCGGAGUGGACAACAUGAACGAGUGGGUGCUCCAAAGAAAAAGACAGUGGAAUGACCAUAUUAACCGUAUGCAAGAUGGCAGACUAGUAAAAAUCGUUAGAGACAAAUCACCAGACGGAAGACGGAGCGUGGGACGACCGAGAAAAAGAUGGAACGACGAUCUCAAUUCAGGUUGA